AUGAGAAACCUCAGUGAACAAUCGGCUCUGGGCUUGGAUGCGCGUCAGCCCACUAGAAUGACGCUUGAUCGUUUGUUGGUGAAGGCCAAGGGCAUGCUGGAGACUUUCGAACCCUAUCUCGGGCGCAUCGAAAUAACCAACAAAGGUGGCAGCAUAGAGCGCGUGUACUUUGAGAUCUGCCAGCAGAACAUUGAUCAGUGGGAGAAACCUCAGAUCAAAGACUCCAAACGUGCCUUCUUACAUACGGUUGUUGGCGAGAGUGGUGACAAAGAAAAACUGGAGUGCUUCGUCAAUUUCGCCGAGGACACCAUCUUCGAGAUGCAGCACGCUGAAGAGAUCAGUGGGGACGAUGACAAUCUUCAAAUCAGUCGGGUUGUUGCAGUUCGAAACUUCUUGGAGGCCACCCAUCUCGGCUAUGUGGGCUACUUCCUCGCCUUUAUUCUGAGUUUCUUGCAACCUUCUCAACUCCUCAGCUGUUGGUCUGCGCUCAUCAAAAUGUCCUUAGUCGACAUUGUUACCGGUCUGUUAGGGUUGAUCAUUGGUCUAAUGAUUGGCCUGACACGACUAGUUCGCGCUAUAGUCUGCUUCUGCGGACGCUUCUUCAUUGCCAUGGCAUCUGAUCCAACAGCGACAGUCCCCAGUUCUACCUCACCGGCCGUCAGCUCAAGUUCAGGCGUCGGCGGAGGUGGUGGUGGUGGUGGCGUGGCACGCUCUGCAAAGACCGCCACAGAUGCUACAGAAUCUGGGCGAAAUGGAGGCAAGAGGCCCUCACAGACUGGUAUCAGUGCCGGUGAUGGCAGCGGAGGUGAGGUGAAAACGGAGUCUACCAAUGCUGCCUCUGCUGCGGCACCCGUGGACAUUGUGGAAAUAAUGCAGAGUGCUAUCAAGCUGGAGAAGGCUAUUGAAUUCGGAACUCAGCGAGUGGGCUAG